AAAUCCCUCAUUUCAUUUUAUAAAAUCUUUAUGCUCCCCGCACGCCGGUGGCGCCUCCCUCUCAUCUCCUUUCUUAAUACCUCCGCCGCCACCUUCCUCAUUAACAAUGGGCGACCCCUCCGCCGCCAAAUCGAAGCCCAAUCCCAAUUCCGCCCCGCCGCCUCACUCCAAAGACGAAGCUUAUCUCCAAACAGUCAUCCCCAAACGUCAAUCCCUGUUUGAAUCCAUACAAAGCCAGCAGAGAAUCCAACGCCUCUCCCUCUCUCCUGAUCCUAUUCAGAUUGUGUUGCCGGACGGGAAAGUGAAGGAGGGGAAGAAAUGGAAUACGACACCGUUUGACGUGGCCAAAGAAAUCUCAAAGAGCUUGUCGUCAAAUGCCUUGAUUGCAAAGGUUGAUGGGGUUCUGUGGGACAUGCAUAGGCCUUUGGAAGGUGACUGUAAGCUUGCGCUCUUCACUUUCGACAGUGAUGAGGGCCGUGACACCUUUUGGCAUUCCAGCGCACACAUUCUUGGCCAGUCGUUGGAGGUGACUUAUGGAUGCAGACUGUGCAUUGGGCCGUGCACUACAAGAGGAGAGGGAUUUUAUUAUGAUGCAUUUUAUGGUGAACUGGGGUUGAACGAUGACCACUUUAAACAAAUUGAAGAAGCAGCAAAGAAAACUGUUGAUGAGAAACAACCUUUUGAGCGUAUUGAGGUUACAAGGCAACAAGCUCUAGAAAUGUUCUCUGAUAACCAAUUCAAGGUUGAAAUAAUUAAUGAUUUACCUGAAGACAAAACUAUCACAGUAUACAGAUGUGGUCCUUUGGUUGAUUUGUGUCGUGGACCACAUAUACCAAACACAUCUUUUGCGAAAGCAUUUAGUUGUUUGAAGGCUUCAUCAGCCUAUUGGCGUGGAAAUAAAGACCGUGAAAGCUUGCAAAGAGUUUAUGGCAUAUCUUAUCCAGAUCAAAAGCGUCUGAAGGAAUACAAGGCCAUGCUGGAAGAAGCAAAGAAAUAUGAUCAUAGAGAAUUGACUAAGAAGCAAGAGCUCUUCUUUUUUCACCCACUUAGCCCAGGAAGUUGUUUCUUCCUUCCUCAUGGUGCACGUGUUUGCAACAAGUUGUUAGAAUUCAUACGAAACCAGUACUGGAAAAGAGGCUAUGAAGAGGUUUGGACUCCGAACAUGUACAACAUGCAGCUCUGGGAAACUUCUGGCCAUGCUGCAAACUACAAGGAGAAUAUGUUUGUGUUUGAGGUUGAGAAACAAGAGUUCGGCCUAAAGCCCAUGAAUUGUCCUGGCCAUUGUUUAAUAUUUGAUCACAGAGUUCGUUCUUAUAGGGAACUUCCACUUCGCCUAGCUGAUUUUGGUGUCCUGCAUCGGAAUGAGGCCAGUGGUGCACUUACUGGGUUGACUCGUGUCAGGAGAUUCCAGCAGGAUGAUGCUCAUAUCUUCUGCAGGGAAUCCCAGAUAAAAGAUGAAGUCAAGGGCGUCUUGGAAUUCAUCAGUUUUGUGUAUAAGAUAUUUGGCUUCACUUUUGACCUGAAAUUAUCUACGAGACCGGAAAAAUAUCUCGGAGAUAUAGAAACAUGGAAAAAGGCCGAAGAUGCUCUUGCAAAAGCAUUGGACGAAUUUGGAAAGCCCUGGGAGAUAAAUGAAGGUGAUGGGGCAUUUUAUGGGCCAAAAAUAGACAUUAGUGUUUCUGAUGCGAUGAGAAGAAAAUUUCAGUGUGCGACAUUGCAGCUGGACUUUCAACUCCCAGCUCGUUUUAACUUAUCUUACUCAGCUGAAGAUGAAAACAAGAUGGAACGACCUGUUAUGAUACAUAGAGCCAUUCUUGGUUCUGUUGAACGAAUGUUUGCUAUUCUUUUAGAGCACUACAAGGGCAAAUGGCCUUUCUGGCUUAGUCCGCGCCAGGCAAUUGUUUGCCCUGUUUCUGACAAGUCUCAGUCAUAUGCACUGGAGGUAAGAAACCACAUUCAUGAUGCUGGUUUCUAUGUUGAUGUUGAUACAAGUGACAGAACAAUCCAGAAAAAGGUACGAGAAGCUCAAUUGGCACAGUACAAUUAUAUAUUGGUGGUUGGUGAAGAGGAGGUGAACACUGGACAGGUAAGUGUUCGGGUGAGAGACAAGGCCAAUCAUUCUGUGAAGAGCAUUGAGAGCCUCCUCACAGACUUUAAGGAAGACAUUGCUGCUUUUCGCUAGCAGUCUCUAUCUAAUUGGAAAAAUUAGCUUACAAAGUGAAGUAGAUUCUUUUAGGCUGAAUCCAUCCAGCAGAAGAUUCACUGUGUGAAGCAGUUUCGAAAGUAUUACUUAUGCAUGGAGUAGAUCCGAAGGCAUGUCCUGGUCCAUUUGCAGCUGGAGCAGUUGCCCCUGAAAUGGUGUUUCUAAAUCCAGGUCCAUCCCCCGUUACACUGCCACCUGGACCUUGCAUAGAGAUGGGUUGUUGUAAAACCCGACUUCCAUUACCGUUAUUGCUCAUAUUCUGUAUAUAUUGCUGGAUCAUUUGUUGUUGUAAAGCUUGGCUGCUUUGGGAAGGUUGUGGUCGAUUUUGCUGCAGUAAGCCAUUACCAAGCUGUUGAUGCUGCCGUAGUACAUGAGAACUAGAAAAGCCACCGACUGAUAAAUUCUGCAAAUUUCCAGGCAAAUUACCCGAGGAUGAGCCUCGAAAUGUAGAACUGGGAACUAAGUUAGAAUUAUUGAAAGAAGAUGAUGCCUCUUGCUGAAGAGAAGCAGUUUGAGUUCGUCGAGUUUUGUCUCAUCAACAUAUUUUGGUAGUUUGUCAAUGCAAGAGCACCCUGCGCUGAUCCAGUCAAAGGUUUUCGACCAAUCAUAUGUUGGUUAUUGUUCA